AUGUUUUUGAAUCCAUCUGAGGUUUUGGAAGAGUCGAAGGUAGUGGUUUAUCCGGUGUUCAUUUCGUAUGUGCAGAGAAGUGGUUUGGUGGAGGAACAUGCUCCCAUCAAAACAACUAUUGAGGCACUUGAUGAUCUUUGGAAUCGGUUUCAGGAGGAGGAGAGUAAGAUAGCGACUUAUUUGGCGGCGGAAGGUAUUUAUGAGCCGGAGCAGGCUUAUGUGGAGCAGGAGAAGAUUAUGCCGGUGGUGCGGGCGUUGCAGAAGAUAACUGAGCUGAUUAAGGAGCAUAUUCGGUCUUUGGGGGCAUCGAUUGCUCAGAAGAUAGCGAUGGUGGAGGAGUCGGUUUUGGCGCGGCGGUAUGCUGAGUUUGUGAAGAUGCAUAAUACGUUGUACAAUACGGCGUUUUCGGUUUUGUCGGUGGCUCGGAAUGUCUUAUCGGUCGACUUGAUGAUGAAGAUAGGGAAGAUUGAAGGGAAUCUUUAUUCGGCCUUGACUUUAUGUGAAAAGGUAGCACGGAGUAAGAAAGAGUUGGAACAGAAAUGGCUGCCUUUUGAUCGGCUGGCCUUAUUGAAGUCGCUUUAUUCGCACUCUUACUUUAGUUUGGCGGAGUACUUGCUCUCUUAUCGGAAUGUUGCUGGGACAAUUAGUGACCAGACGAAGAUCUUGGAAAUGUUGGAGAUGGCUUUGGCGGAAGGAGGUGUGCUUUUGCGGACUUUGGAGGUGGAUUUAGGAGUUGGGACAACUUUUCAUGAUAGUAUUGUGGCUUAUCAGACUUAUAAUUUGGAGACACAGAUUCUUCACCAUGAGCGAUCGAUUUCUCUGCGGCGGAAAGCAAUUGAUAAGUGUUUGAUGGAGCAUACGAGUAUUAUGGGGGAGAUAGACAACUUAAAUUGGAAAGUGGGUAAAGAGGCUAAGAAUAUUGUUAAUAUGGAGAAGUCAUUGCUGACUAAUAAAGGGGACGUUUCAAUCAAACGAUUGUUCUUCCUCUUUGAAGAUCUGCAGAAGAACAUCAAGAAGAUUGAGAACACAUUAGUGAUGUAUACCAAACUGGUUGGGACGAGUAAGAGAGCUCCAAUUUCUGAUACUAGGCUGUUUUCUAUUAAGUCGUUGGAUUUCAAGUAUUUGAUUGUGGAGGGAGAUAUUUUAGGGUUGAAGGCCGAUCUAUACAGUUUGCACCAAGCAACUAAGGAGAUUUACUCCAGCCAUACCUGCAGCAGGACUCUUUUCAUUUCGGAGUCACCGGAAUAA